GACGCAUAACAAUGCAAGUCUUUAUGACUUUGUUGAUUUUAUUCCUGAUCAGUAUUCUAACAAAAUCUCAGUUUUUCGAGAUUGAAGUGGAUUGUAUUGAAGAUUUUGAUAUCCAUAGACCCAAUCCUUUGUCGCCAGUUUGUGUUAUCAAUAAUGUGGACAUUCAAAACAACUUUACACAAAUUCGUAUUUCAAAUAUAGAUGAUACGACACCAACGUGGAUCAGCUUUCGGAACUCAACAAUACCCGUUUUGUCACCCAGGACUUCUCGAUCAAAUAAAAAAUGUCACUGGAAUUACUAUGGUCAAAGUUCAAUUAAGAAAUAUCUCGGAUUUUGCAUUACAAAAUGCAACAAAACUCCAAAACUUAUUGUUGAGCUUUAACAAUUUGACCGAAAUUGGAGAUAAUACGUUCAGUGGCGCAAUAAAUCUCGAGAAUCUCAAUUUAGCGCAUAAUUGCAUUUCGAAAAUUUCAUCGAAGGCGUUCGUCAAUACACCAAAUUUGAAGUAUUUGGGAUUGGGUUUUAACAAAUUAGAAGAAAUUGAUGCGGAAUUGUUCUUGCCACUCAAAAAUUUGUGGAAUCUUUCUUUGUAUAACAACAAGAUCAAGUACAUAGCUGCAACAGCUUUUACGAAAAUCCCAAAUCUACUUGUCCUUUACUUAAAUCACAACAAUUUGGAAAGCUUGGAACUUCAUAUUGAAUCACGUUUGAGUCAACUUUAUGUAUCAUACAACAAAUUAAAGUCACUAACUUUGAAGUCCGUUAAAUCAGGAGCAAUGUCAGGUUGUGUUGAAGCAAAAUCGAAUCAACUUUCUUCCAUCAACAUUGAUCCAAGUCUAUAUGUUGUACAGCUUUAUCUUUCAUCGAACAAAAUUGAAAGUUUGGACAGUAUCUUGUCACAUACGAAAAUUUUUAGGCUUAAUCUUGAUGGAAAUUUGUUAAGAAACCUCGACGGUCUGAAUAAACUCAAACGUUUGACGUAUUUGGAUUUAAGUAGCAACAAUAUUACAUACCAACCAGAUGUUUUUGGUUCACUACAACAACUUAAUUGGUUGAAUUUGUCAAAUACUUCAAUGACACAUUUCUCUUUUGAAUGGUUUGGUAUUCAAAAGAACCUUUUCGAUUUGGAGUUGAGUCGAAAUCUGUUAAAAGAACUAGAUUAUAAAAGAUUUUCGAUAUAUUUUCCUAAUUUAGAUGCUUUGACAAUCAACAAUAAUCAAUUCAAUUGUACUUUUCUGGAAGAUAUGAUGACUUAUUGGAAGAAUAUGACUCAAAUUAGUAUUUGGGAUGCUAAAACAGUGGAUCCAACACCAAAUGUGGCAAACAUAAAAUGCAUUAAUGAAGAAAUUAAAAAAGAAGUUUACAUGGAAGAGUCAAAAUUAUUUGGAAAAAUGUUUGUAAUGAUAAGUUGCAUAGGAAUUUUUAUUUUUGUUGGUUUUUUGUUGGUUUUGUUCUUGAUGAAAAAAAUUCGAAACAAAUAUUGUAUUCGAAUUUCUUCAAAUAAUCAAUCAUGUAAUGAAUUAAUGAACAGUGAAUUUCAAUAA